UGGUGGAAAAGACUUGCAAAAGUUUAGUCAUGAAAGAUUACGUCUCACCCAAGUGCGUGGCGCUGAUGUCGGCCCUGCUCUGCAUUCUCCCCACGGCAUGGUCCUGGCCAGUGCCGUCGUGUUCAGUCGCCCGACGAGUGGGAACAGCAAAUCUGUUCUUCCCGCACCCAAGCGACUGCUCAGCUUUCUACAAGUGCGAAGAUGGAACUGCUAGACUGAACUUUUGUCCAGAUGGCCUCUACUGGAAUCCGAUUCUGGAUAUCUGUCAGUUCCCCUUCGACUCUGGUUGCGUGGCACACAAACAUCCAGCUAAACCACACACCACGGCACAUCCAGCUAAACCACACACCACGGCGGUUCCGACUCCCGAAAAACCCGCCGUCACUUCUGAAGAACCUACAAAACGACCGGAUGAACCUGUUACCACACCUGAAGAGCCCUCAAAAUCUCCUGAAGAAUCCGCCACGACUCCAAAGGAAGUUCCUACAACUGCAGAAGAGCUCUCCACGACUCCAAAAGAACCUUCAACAACUCCUCAAGAACCUUCCACAACUCCUGGAACACCAUCCACGACUCCUGAAGAAACCUCAACUACCCCCGAAGAACUUUCCACUACGCACGGAAAACCUUCCGUAACUCCUGAAGAACCUUCCACGACUCCUGAUAAACCUUCCACAAUUCCUGAAACGACGUCCACAACCACAACACAAGAUACUAGUACGACACCCAAAGAACCUUCCACAAUUCCUGAAACGACGUCCCCCAAAGAACCUUCCCCGACCUAUAUUAGUCUCAACAAUGAGCAGAUGGCCGGCAGUGCACGUAACGAGACCUACAGAGCCAUGGACCGGGCUUCGAGCGUCCGCCGCCUCACAGGUCCCGUGCUAGGCUUGCUGCUUCUGGUGGCCAGUGGGGGGGAUUGCUGGCCGUGGGGGUCUGAUCCCUUCUGCCCGCCUGGUCCAGAACCAGAGUGCCCCAGAAACCCUGCAGACGACACAUCAAACUACUUCCCCCACCCUACGGACUGCCACUAUUACAUCCAGUGCGACGGCAGCAGGAAGCCGAUUUGUCGUCAAUGUGGUCCCACGAUCUACUUCAGCCCGAAAGUUCUGAACUGCCUUUGGCCGCUGGCCGCAAAGUGCGAGCACAACGCCACGACAAGACAGGACAGUCUCCUGCCCCCGAUAUGUGGGCCGGACAGGAGACAUCAUCUCGACUGCGACCGCGAAGGCAACACUUUCAGAGACCCUUCGUCCUGUGAUCACUAUUACAGGUGCACGGGAGGAACAAAAGUGAGAAACAACUGUCCGUCGGGUCAGCACUACAACGGGCUGCUUGGUGCCUGUGACGAUCCUUGCAAAGCGGGCUGCAAACCCGGAGCGAAUUGCAAUCAGAGAACCACGUCAUUCCGGACAACAUCUACGACUUCAAAAGCAACAUCAGCAAAUUGUAUUCCUGGAGUCAACUGUCCCACCAGGAGUACCACCACUCCUAGCUGUAUUCCUGGAGUUAAUUGUCCCUCCAGGAGUACCACCACUCCAAAGUGCAUCUCUGGAAUAAAUUGCCCUGAAUCAGUAACUUCAAAAUGUACAACUGGUUAUAACUGCCAAACAACAAACAGAUGUGUGUCUGACUAUAAAUGCGAAGAUGAGAAAACCCCAAUGUGCUUCCCGAACAGGGAUUGUGACAAUCCGCGGCCAGAAUGCCCUGUGUGCAACGAGGAUGGAGAGACGUUUGCGCAUCCUCUGAACUGCGACUGGUUCUACAAGUGUGAGGGUAAAGUAGCGGUGCCCGUGAAGUGUGGGUGUGGGUUCCUGUACAACGCACGAUACAGAGUGUGCGACUACCCCUGCAACGUGGACUGCACGGGUCGAGCGAAACGUGCGACACAACUGAAGAUGUUCUGCCAAGCCAACGCGAGCCACUCGAGUGGCACCAUGGCCUUCAGUCAGAACUCCCUCAGGUCCAAGUGCGGGCAACUUUAAUCCCGAAUGGAUUGAUUAGUGGGCGUCCAACUCACAAUAUCGAUGUUAAAGUUACAAUCUAAUGAUAUUACCUUCCAGCCUCGAACCCAGUGUUGCAAAUCAAAGCUAACUUUGUGUUCUCUGCCCGAUGCUCCAAGAUGAAAAAUACACUGCCCUGAAACACUGAGCCAGACGACUAACAGAUAAUGAAUUAAAAUUUAAUCGGAGUGAACUUUGUGAGGCACUGGCUUGUAAAGAAGAUGGCCUCAGAAACAAAGUUUUCAAGGUCUUGAUGACGGAGGUUACUGCAAAAAGAUUCUCUGCGGUCUGUACCCACAGUUGAUAUUAUACGGGUACGACGUUUGUGUUUACAGAUUUGUAUACUCAGAUUCGUAUCUCUGGGAGACUUUACAUGAUAUAAUUAAUUCUGACGCUUUGACAAAAACUGUCACAGUAGAUGAUUCAGCCGUGUUCACUGGUAUCUCCUGAGUGUCCUGUGGUUAGGCGAAGACCUAACUUGUUCUUUCAUGUAUUUAGAUGCUGCAAACGUUGUUACCAGAAAGGAUCUUUGGAGCUUGGUAGAAGGGCUUACCGUAAUAGCAAUUAAGUUUGACACAAGUAUUUCGACGCGAAAACAAAAUAAAAUACACCUAAUAAGCUACACCAUUUCUCUACCUGAAUGCUCGUUUAAUCAAAAUUGUUUCUCCGUACAAAUUGAGGUAUUAUUUUUUUUGUCAUUUUCGUGUUGAAUUCGUGGUCAUGGGGGCGAUGGGUGGUGGUUUCUACGGUGGAGGGGAUGCAAGUAAUGGCAAUUUUUCUCUCGCUAUGGUGUUGGUGUACUUGAAAUACAAGCAUGAUUCAUAAAUAGUACAAAAACAUUAAGAAAAAUUACUCCUAUACGUAUACACGUUUCUAGGAAUAAAACAGGUCUGCAUGAAACAGUGUUGUAAAACUAAUCUAAUCGGCGAAAGACACAAUCGGAUUUCAAUUUCGCUGGAAACACACGCAAUUUAAAUUCAUAUAAUUUGAUUUCUGUGGGAUGGAAUCUGUUGCAAACAUGAUCUGCUAUAAGAAUGUUGAUUAAAUUUUACAUUUUUUAUAUGUAUUUAGAAUAGAUAAACUAAUCAAAGGUAUCAAUGCUUUUUAAUGCCUGAAGUAUAUAAAACAUGUCUUACUAAUUUAAUAAUUCGAAAUGAAGUGAUUAUCAGUGUAUGUAUAGCACAAUUUGUUAUAAAACAAUAAUAAAUCCAUAAUCUUAUGAA